UGCACUACGGACUGGAAAUGAAUAUAGACAGAGGACGAUAGACUAGUAUGCUUACUGAUGUGCAGAGUACAGAAGAGAAGCGACCAGAAGAAACAUACUCGACGUUCACUCUUUCUUUUCACCUCUUGGCAAAUUCUGAAAUGUCCUUCAGUGAUUCAUAAUUCUCAUUCUGAGAGCUGCUAACAGAAAAGGGAGAUGUCUGAGAACAGCCGCAUUUCCAAUACAACUUCUCGUCAAGCAGCUUCACCUCCGGAUUACGUUUGGGAAUAUGAGUAUUAUGACUAUGAACCAGUUUCUUUUGAAGGACUGAAAGCCCACAGAUAUUCCAUUGUGAUUGGAUUUUGGGUUGGCCUGGCAGUCUUUGUCAUUUUUAUGUUUUUCAUAUUGACUUUGCUGACGAAGACUGGAGCGCCACAUCAAGAAAACCCAGAGCCUUCUGGAAAGCAUCAUUGUAUGAAUAGCUUUGCAGUGGAUUUCCGUCGCUCCCAGGAGUCUGACAAAGUCCUCUCUCGUCAGGUAGUGGAGGAGUCCCGCUCACUGUUCCACUGUUACAUCAAUGAGGUGGAGCAUUUGGGCACAGCCAAACUGGACAGCAAGGCUUCAGGCCUGAAACACAGCAGCCUUCACACUGGAGAAACACUGGGUGACAACAAACUCGACGAGGAAAUGAACCUUGCAAAGUUCAACAUCCCUAACUUUGUCAGUUCAGAGCAGAGUUCCACGCUGGGUGAUGAUGACUUACUGCUCUGUGAGCAGCCAAUCACUUUGAACAAUAAUGCUGAUGAUUCAUCCGCAUCAAACCCUAAAACAUCCUCACAAAAUCCUCAGCUGAGAAGCCAGACCCCACACGGAUUAUUUUAAAGAAGUUGGUUUUACUAUGUAGCCCCUUGACCACCCACCAACUCAUAUGGACGGAUAUACAGUAUCUUGUGUUGCAUGUACAUAAAUUGAAAUAUGUGUUUCAUAAUACACUGCCCUUGCAUACAUGCACAAAAGUGACACUUUAAUAUGAGAGUAAGGUCAAAUCUAUGACGAACAUGCAUAUCACAUACAGUGUGUGCAACAUAUAUUGGUUUCCACAUGAAAAAAACAAUUAAUUUGAGAUGCUGGCUACUUUUGUGUAUGAAAAAGCUUUAUUUAAUUUUAACUUUUGUACAGUAUGUGUAAAGGAAUCUCAUUUUUCAAUUACCACAACUUUAAAACAGUAAUCAUUGUGAUACAUGUUUUGAAAUAAUACAAUACAAAAAUACAGUGAAAUUGUGACAUUUUAACAUUGCAAUUAACCAUGAAUAUCUGAAUACAAAAUCGUGUCUCUACAAAUACAAGUUAUACAAAAGACUACACUAAUCAUCCCUCCCUUGCAUUUAUUCUACUCCUUUUUAUUUAUUUAUUUAUUUAUUAACAGACACCCUUAUCCAGGGUGACUUAAAAUUGUUACAAAAUAUCACAGUACAAAGUAUCACAUUACAAAAUAUCAGAUUACAGAUAAGAGCAGUUAUAAAGUACAGAAAAAUCAGUAGAAAAUAAGAGCAAAUUCAACUAAGAGCAAAGUAAAGAAUACAGUAAAUAAUUACAUUUAAGAGCAAGUUCGACUAAGAGCAGUUAACUUAUAGUAAAAAUAUUUUCUUAUAUGAGUGAAGUCCAGUAAGAGAACAUAGUAAAUACGAUAAAUGGAUGAGAACAAUUUCAAAUAAGAGCAAUUAAAAAAAAUGUGAGUACGGAUACCUAUAAGUGUAAAAUCAGGAUACAGGAAGUAGUCAUAAUUAAGAUCAGUAGUAGAAUAUGGCAAGCAUCCUCAUCCUCCCCACUAACACUAUCUGGUGUCAGUUCCUUGGUACUGGGAGCUGUUGCAUUAAUUAAACCAUCCCCAUCAUCUCACAUCUUGGUUGUUUGCCCCAAUGUUUUGGAUGGGGGCUGGCCCAAAUGGGGACUCCUAGACCAGGCUAUAGCUCUCAUCAGCCUCAGGCUUCAAAAUGUCAAAAGUUUUUGGCCAACAAUCUUUCUAA